AUGGCUGCCAAGGCUCUUCUUCUUCCUCUCCUCGCCAUCUCUGGCCUUGUGCAGGCAUCUCCUCUGGCUGCCAGGCAAAGCGAGGCCUGGACUACGCUGCCCGCCACCCCGAACCUGCCUGCUCCUAUCAGCAGCACCAAGGCUGCCAUCAACGGCGUCGAACUUUGGUUCCAGAAGUACAAUGAGGCUGCAGGCGGCACCCCUGUAGUCUUUAUCCACGGUGGUCUCGGAUACUCUGCCUACUUUGGCGAUGUCAUCAGCUCCGUCUCGAAGAAGCACUACGUCAUUGCCGUCGACCGCCGCGGCCACGGCAGGAGCACAUAUGGCGCCAACGACAAAUUCACGUUCGAAAUGUUCGCCAAGGAUACCUACGACCUGCUCAAGGCCGAGGGCGUCGACAAGGCCCUGUGGGUGGGCUGGUCCGACGGCGCGGCGACGACGCUGGCCGGCCUGCUGGACAGCACCAUCUCGGCCUCCAUCUCCAAGGCCUUCGUCUUCGCCGGCUUCCAGAGCUUCUCCGACACCAACACCACCUUCUCCGACACGGCCAUCUACUCCGAGUUCGUGUCGCGCUGCGGCACCGAGUACGCCCAGCUGCAGCCUUCGGCCAACUUCAAGGACUUCGCCACCAAGGUCGGCACGCUCGAGGCCACCCUGCCCACCUGGACCGACGCCGAUCUCGCCAAGAUCAACGGCGCCAAGGUCACCAUCUCCGGUGCUGACCAUGACGAGGCCGUCAACCUCGAUGUCCCCGAGCACUUGAACUCGGCCAUUUCCGGCAGCAAGCUGGUCAUGAUGACUGGUGUUAGCCACUUCGCCCCUGUCCAGGACCCUGCCCAGUUUUCGCAGAAGAUUGAGGACUUCAUCGCUGCAUAG